AACCGAAUGAGUACUAAAUUGACCAUCAUCAUCCAAGACCGGUGAAAAAAACACCGAAUCCGCUCGAGAGAGGACACUGAAGCAUCUCUGGAAGCAACGCGACAAAUCAAAGUCUUGACUCUUGAGGCUUGAAGCUACUCCCGUAGUAAGCAUUAAUCUGACUUGAACUACCCGAGAUCUCCUCCUAGCUCAUGCGCACACGCAAGGACCAGGACCAGACCAAAACACCUCGCUUAAACCAAAUCUACUGUUAAACACCAGGGCACUCACCCCCCACCAAUACCAGCGGCAGUAAAUUUUGAGCUGCUGCCUGGACUCCUCACUCCAUGUCCAUUCCCCCACUCCUCCAGUGCUCCUAGGGUUCCCUCUCGUCUGCUCGCGCGCCGCGUUGCCGUCGCUAGGGUUCGCUGGUCGGGGGCACCCGAAUCGGGCUUCGCGGGGAGCUGUUCCGCCGCCUACCGCCGAUGCUCGCGAGGUUUUGUGAUUGAGCUUUUGCUUUUGUUUCUCAGAGCUCAGGGUGGGGAGAUUUUGGAGUUUCCGGGGUUCAGAUCGAGGCCUCGGAGCUUGUUCUCCGCAAUGUCGGGGAGGUUGGGUGUCGACUGCUAGGGUUUUGCUCGUGGAUUUUGCGGAGAGAGCUGGGGAUCGUUUGGAAUGCGGCCAGUUGUCUGCGGUAUGGUGCUUGGUUUGGCGUAAUUAGGUGCUUCCCGAGCAGUGCCUCGUCGAUUUCGUUUCCUGCUAAGCUUGCGGAGGCGAGGGAGGGGUUUUGGGGAGGUUGAGAAAGUUGGUGAUUUGGUCGCAAUGUCUGGGUCUAACACGAGGGGGCGGCUGUCGCCUGCUUCUGGUGGUGGAGACUCUGAGCCGCGGUCUGCCGGGAGCAGGACUAGGUCUAUAUCUGCUACACGGGGCCGGAAGCCCUCACCAAGGCCGGGUAGGGAUUUAGCAUCAGCAACAGCAGCACUGGAGGAGAAGAAGCCUCCCGGGGUGCCUACAUUGCUUCCCUCACUCAGCGUGCCGGCAGGGAUGCGCCGGCAGGAGCUGCUAUUGCGCUCAGGGCUCUCUCUUGACGCAUCAUGCUCAUCGGAUGCGUCGACCGACUCAUUCUGCAGCCGAGCAUCAACAGGGCGGAUAGGGAGGCCGACAUUUGGGGCAAGGAAGAAGAAGACCAUCUCUCAGAUUGAUCCUAAGGAUGUUGCCAUGCUGGAAAGGGAGAUUGGAUCGGCUUCACCAAGUGACGCGUCUAGUUUGAAGAGGAGGUGCGCGUGGGUGACAGCCAAUACUGAUCCAUGUUAUGUUGCAUUUCACGACGAAGAAUGGGGAGUUCCAGUUCAUGAUGACAAGAAGUUGUUUGAGUUGCUGGUGCUCUCUGGUUCAUUAGCUGAACUUACAUGGCCAACAAUUUUGAACAAGAGAUCUAUAUUCAGGGAGGUAUUCAUGGAUUUUGACCCUGUACUGGUCUCUAAAUUAAGUGAGAAGAAGAUUAUUGCACCAGGAAGUCCUAGCAGCUCCUUGUUAUCUGAACAGAAACUGCGCGGUGUUCUUGAGAAUGCACGCCAAAUACUGAAGAUUAAAGAGGAGUUUGGGUCAUUUGAUAAGUACUGCUGGAGCUUUGUGAACCACAAGCCUAUUUUUAGCAGAUUCAGGUAUCCCCGGCAGGUACCUGUAAAGACAUCUAAAGCAGACGCGAUAAGCAAAGAUUUGGUGCGAAGGGGUUUCCGUAGCGUAGGCCCAACAGUGGUGUAUACCUUCAUGCAAGUCUCUGGCAUGACGAAUGACCACCUUACCUCCUGCUACCGGUUUGCUGAAUGCGCAUCUCCUGCAACCGGUGCUAACCCUACUGAAUCAGUCCGCGAAGCAAAUUCUGGUGGCAGUGAUCACACCACAGAACAGAAUACGAAUGGGACCAACGGACUAGUUGUAGACAUCGAGCUGUCCAGACCGAUAGAUGAACUCAGCAUCUCCUAGCGGCGGUUAGGAGAGGAAGCUCCAGUGAUGUAUAAGCGAGUGUGUUUUGUGUAUCGUAGGGUAGUAGUUCUCGGCGUGUCAAGAGUCAAGACGGUUGAACGAACGGCAGCAUGUAAUGAUGUAUAUUCUUUGUGAUGCAAAAUGCAUUUGUUUUUCCAGAA